AUGAUUACGUUACCUUCUCUCAAGAACAGUUUGAGAAUAAGACCUCACAACUUCAUAUACACCCAGCAAUCAAGGGUAUUUGGAAUUCACCUCACGAAGAACCCAGCAUAUGUUGCACCAUCCGGCUACAUCUCCAUCUACACAGAUGGUUCUCGUAUUGACGAAAAGGUAGGCAGCGCCUUUGUCGUGCUCAGUGAACAACAACAACCCCUUCACCAAUGGCAGAUGCAGCUCAGCACUGAAAACAGCGUUUUCCAGAGUGAAGCACUCGCCAUUCACGAGGCCAUACGUUAUCUAACGAAUAAUAAAAUCUCCAAAGCCUUAAUACAUACAGAUAGCCUGUCUUCUAUGCAAGCAAUUGCCAAUUCAGAACAUACCUCCUCGCAAAUAGCAGGCAUUCAAAAAAGUCUACGUGAAAAUGCUCACAAUCAUUACGUCAUAAAAUGGAUUAAAGCGCACACAGGUAUUUAUGGCAAUGAACUUGCAGACGGCCUGGCAAAAGACGCCGCCACUGGGAACAACAUUACUACAGUACAGAUCCCAUGGCCUACCUCAUAUCUAAAAAAGACCUUACGGACAAAUUGUUUGCAAUAA